CUGAUCUUUGAUCGUUGUUAAAUUAAAAUGAAAUCGUUUGAACUGUGAUUAAAAUUAAAUUUAUUAUAUUGAAAUUAAUUCAAGCGUCAUUACUAUUAAUUUGUGAACAAUAAGAUUUUUGUUCCUAUUACUGAUAUUAAUAAUAGAAAAUCUUUACCGCAAAACAAAUAUUUUAGUGCAAAAUUAGUAAAUAAUAAUUUGGGAGACAAUGUUGUCAAGAAUCUUUAUUAGAACCAUUCCACUUACAAUAAACAUGGUCAGUGCUGUGACUAAAAAUUCAAAAAGUUUGCGAAAACUGCCAAUAUAUUGUACACUCAGUAAUAACACAAUAAACAAGUAUCGGAUGUAUUCGGUACAUGUAAAUCCUGAAGAGAUGAUUGUGGAUUAUGAAUAUGUGAAAAAUGCAACAGAACUUAAUAAUGUACUAAUAGUUGAUGUAAGAGAACCAGAUGAGAUUAAAGAGCAUGGCAAAAUACCCAACAGCAUUAAUAUUCCAUUGGGCAAUGUGUCAACAGUUCUAAGUGCUAUGUCAGAAAACGACUUUGCACAGACAUACAAUAGGCCUAAACCAUCUGAGAACACCCAAAUAAUUUUCUAUUGUAUGAUUGGAAAGAGGUCUGGCAUGGCACAACAGAAUGCCUUGGAUUUAGGAUACAAAAAUGUCAAAAAUUACCUCGGCAGUUGGACAGAAUGGGCAAAUAAAGGAAAAUAGGACUCUUAUACAGUAAAAUAUUUGUGUAGUGUAUUGUUGGUGCUGUAAUAAAUAAUCUAGUCGACUUCAUUAAAAUAUUAUAUUUUUCUCAAAAUUUAAUUUAGUUAAUAUUUUUUUUAUAAGUAUAUACCCUUUACAUAAUGUUAACACCUGUUUAAAUUAAAUCAUGAUGGAUUAAAAGAUAAUUUAUACAAGAUGAAAAGAAUAACAAUUGAAAAUAUUUAACAUUAUUAUGACAAAAUCACAGAAAAUCCCUGCUAAAUCUGGC